AUGGCGCCCCAACCACAUUCCAAUGGGAACUUGCUAUCCAGCGAGGACCAUGGCGUACAGAAACGGGGCGAGGAUCUAGCCCUGUCGCCAUGGACAAUUGUCGCCAUCAUCAUUGCCUUGCUGGUCGUCAUGUCAACAAUAGCCUUUACAGCAUUAUACAUUAUGAGGCGGCGGCGGGUUAUCAAGGAGAGUCAAGGCUUGCCCGCCAUCAGCGGGCGCCACGAGGUCAUGCGGAGGAGAAAGGGCAUGACGGCAGCCGAGAGGCGAGCGGCCGAAGAGACGGAGCGGAGCCUCAUGAUUCGCAAGUCCCUCGCCAGCCGGUCGACGCUGCACAGUGUUGCGUCGCGAGAUACCCACAUUCUCGACACGGCCCGCAGCUCGCGCGUUGUCGACGACGACGGGGAUGAGCACCAACACGACGACGAGAUACCAGAGCUUCCCACCUCUACCGGCGACUGGAAAGAAUGGGAGGCGCACACCCAGGCGGAGCGGCGGCAUUCGAGACUGAGAGAGCUCUCGGCUGGGAGAGAAUCGCACCCGGCCUUUGCACAGGAGCUGGAGGACUUGCCAGUGCCCGCACAAACGAGAUCACCAUCGCCAUCACGAGAACUCAAGGGACCGAGACAGCUGUUGCCUCUACCAUCUCUACCAUCGUCAGCGCCGCCGUCACAUGCACUCUAA